AUGUAUGAAACCUGUGCAAAAAUGUCCUCAGGUGAUGUAUCACCUGUUACAACACCCAGCUCUGCAUCGUUGAGUGGGCAUCCACCCAAGUUUGGAACAAUUAUACCAAGCAGAAUUUUUGUUGGUGGAAUUGCAGCUAAUACAACCGACGCUGAGCUAAAGCAAUACUUCUCUGCUUUUGGAGCUGUUAAGGACACUAAAAUUAUAACUGACCGAGCCGGUGUAUCCAAGGGAUACGGAUUUGUUACAUUUGAGAAUCAAGAAGAUGCAGACAUGAUUAUAAAAAAAGAGGCUGACAAUCUGAUUUUCAAGGACAGGAAACUUAACAUUGGACCAGCUGUGAGGAAGCAGGGUUUGCCUCGCCCGUAUGAUGCUAGCAUCCCACCUGGAUCUGUACUGUUCUCCAAUGGUGUGCCAUAUACUUACCAGAAUGGCAUGGCAAUCUUUCAGACUCCAGAUGGGAAUUAUCCAUUGGCACAGCCACAGCAGUCUUAUGUAACCACUGCAGUGAUGAUCCCACAGAGUCAAGUCUAUAUGACUCCUCAGUACCCGUACCAGCAGAUGUCUUUGCAGAGUGCUCUCCAACCUGUCCCAACUGCUAGUCCAGGUUAUAUUUGGGCAACUAUGCCAUCGGCUGCUGAUGUCAUUUAUCAGACACCUCAGGCGUACCAGGGUGCCGAGCUUGCUGAUGCUGCUUUUGUCGAUGGAACUACUGUAGAGGGCAGUAUGAUUCCUGUGGAGCAGACAUUAGCAAACCGCAUCCAUUCACCCGUGAACGACGUCAAUUGUUCAAGCGACCAGACAUCUGUGGCUACGGUGCCAAUUAUUCCAGUGCAGGCGGCCAGCAAAAAUGCCGUUGCCAGUUACAAGAAACAUUAUGCUCUCACAAGAAGAUCCUUCAACAGCCCUACUAUUCUUGUGAAGCAUGGCCACAAAGUUCAGCGACUAAUGGUAUCAGGCACCUCACCACCAACCAUGUACAAUGGGCAGAUUUUGAAUACAUGCAGUCCAUCUGAUACCGGUGACGGUAGCGAUACUUAUAUCCGAUACACCCACCUUCCGGGACAUCCUGCCACCACCAAGUAG